AUGUUAAAAUUAUUCAAACGACUGUUCGACGUGCAGAGCAAAGUCACGGACAACGAUAAUUGUGAAGCCACGAAAAAUGAUGAUCGAUUGUUAUCGUUUGUCGAUCGUCAUUUAAUGCAGACAGAGAAAUCCUUUGCAGCUAUCGGUAAGGCCAAGGCGGAUAUGCACGACGAUUUGAAUAGACUCACACAGAAAGUGUCGCGGUUGGAGGAACUGUUAGACAAGUUGGAAGCCACAAACGUGAGGCUAGCGGCCAAAAACCGCAUGCUGGUGGCUAAAAAACACGAUCUGGUGGGGGUGGCGGCCGAACACGAUAGACUGUCCGCCUGUUUGGAGCGAGAGAAAAUCGAAACGGACGAGAUUAAAACCGCGCUGUCGACGGCCAUUGCCACGAUACACCGUGUAUCAGUAGAACAUUCUAGUUAG